AAAUGUCAUUUUUAUACUAUAAUUUACAAAGAAAUAGUUUAAUCACGUUUUACGUUAACAUUUCGGUGGUUGCGCGUAUAUUUUGUGUGAUAAGCACGGGUGCCAUGUGGUCGUCGGGGACGCAUAACCUCGGCGCGGCGCUCGGGCGGCGCAUCACGUAACGUCGGGUCUUCGGGAGUGCCGAUGGUGAGAGCGGAGAUGGUGCUGAGUACUGAGUGGGCGCUAGUUGAGGUGGUCGAGCUCACGAACGACGGCAACGGGCUGGGGUUCAACUUAGUCGGCGGGAGGAGUACAGGGGUAGUGAUCAAGUUCGUCGUGCCUGGCGGAGCGGCCGAUAAGGACGGGAGGCUUCAGAGCGGGGACCACGUGCUGCAAGUGGGUUCGGUGAACCUACGAGGGUUUACGUCGGAGCAAGUCGCGUCCGUGCUUCGUCAGGCCGGCGCCACCGUCCGGUUGCUGGUAGCCCGCCCGGCAGACCCCGCGGUCGCCCUCCGCGCGCCGCUGCCCGGGACGGCGCUCGUGCCUACCAAGAUCCUCUCCGAUCCCGACCAACUCGACCGCCACCUCGUCGAGAGCGGCUACGCGGCCAUCUACGACCUCUCCCAGUGCUACGGCGAAUAUGUCAACGGGCAGAACGGAGAUGAAAACGUAGCGGCGGUUGUGAGCAUACUCGGCGAAAUCCCACAAGAAAUCCAGGAACAACCUGUUGUAUCGGUGUCUCCAACAAUUACUAUUACUGUUCCUGUGGAAUUGCCUAACUCGCCUGAGGUAGAAAUAGUUCAUGUAGAUUUAAACAAAAACGUCUAUGGUUUAGGGAUCACAGUAGCUGGUUACGUUUGUGAGAAGGAAGAACUAUCCGGUAUCUUUGUGAAGAGCAUCAUAGAAGGAAGCAGUGCUGAGCAAAGUGGACAAAUUAAAUUAAAUGAUAGAAUAAUAGAAGUAGAUGGAAAAUCUUUAGCAGAUAAAAGCAACCCUCAGGCUGUGGACAUUUUGAGAAACACAGGUAUUUCGGUGCACUUAGUGUUAGAGCGAUAUUUAAGAGGUCCAAAGUUUGAGCACCUGCAGCUAGCAAUAUUUAAUGAGGAGCGUCCUUCGUCACCGUCACCUUCCACGACCACACUCUCCUGGUUCCCCGUGCCUUCCCAAGAUGACAGUACUACUCAAAUAGAACCGGAGCGGGACUCCAACACUACUAUAGAUUCCAGUGUAUUAGAAAUUGUUGAUACUGAAGUGAUUGAACCAUCUCAAGAGGAACUUGAUAAGAGACUGGAUGAGAUACUAGCUGUAGACAAGGAAGAAAUUAAGAAACGGUGGUCAGAAGAAAUUGGCCAAGAAAAGUCCAUUUUGGUUGCUGAAGUGAACAAGCUUGGUGCCUUGGGGAUCAGUCUAGAAGGUACUGUAGAUGUAGAAGGUGGCCAGGAGGUCCGGCCGCAUCACUAUAUCAGAUCUGUGCUUCCAGAGGGCCCGGUUGGACAGCAAGGGACCUUAACGGCUGGAGACGAGCUUUUAGAAGCCAACGAAUACAGACUACACGGGCUGACACAUACAGAAGUUGUAAAUAUCCUCAAGCAAUUACCAGACCGUGUUAGGCUGGUUGUAGCACGCCCUGAAAGUGGUCCUCGGUCUGUUAUCAACUUAGCAUCCGACCGAGAAGCAUUUGAAGCUAGAAAAAUAAUAUCUGGCAGUCUUAACAACCUUACUACUCUCAUCAAAGCUCAGUCAGACACCUCCAUCAACACAUCAAGCACUGCAACUCUCACUAACCACUCUGGUCUCUCCAAGAAAUCACGCUCUUUAGAGUGUGUAUCCGGGCUAGCCAUGUGGCAAAGCAAAGAGGACAUUGUUGAGCUUGUGAAAGGAGACCAGGGUCUAGGCUUCUCUAUAUUAGACUACCAGGACCCAAUAGAUCCACAAGGAACAGUAAUUGUCGUCAGGAGUUUAGUUCCUGGUGGCGUAGCUGAGAAAAACGGAGAGAUAUCUCCGGGAGACAGAGUCAUGUCUGUUAAUGGAGCUAGCAUUAAAAAUGCGACUUUAGACCAAGCAGUGCAAGCCUUAAAAGGCGCUCCGCGUGGCGUCGUCAAAGUCGGGAUAGCACGUCCGAUGCCGCCUCACGAAAACACCAAAUCUAAAAGCACGAGCACUCUAAACACUGUAAAACCAAGUUAAUCUUUAAUCUGUGAUUAAACCAGUACUAGUCAAGUUAAAGUCAUAUCAAACUUACGCUUAAUUGAGAUUAACAUGCAGCGUCUCAGACGCGGCGCUUGUCUUUAAAAAAAACUACA